AUGUCAUGCCUCUCGCAAACCAUGUCGACCAUUACCGAAGUCACGAGCAUGGCUCAGUGGGAGCAGGUCCUCGGCUCCGUGGCGCCGACGACCCUCCUCGUCGUCUCGUUCCAUGCGCCUUGGGCCGCUCCCUGCGCGCAAAUGGCCACGGUCCUCUCUACCCUCGCUUCCGAAUAUCCCGUCGCUUCGCCGCCGAGCACACAAUGGUUCUCCAUCAACGCCGAGGAGCUGAGCGAUAUCAGCGAGGCGUACGACGUCACUGCCGUGCCCUUCCUCGUGCUGGUGCGCGGUGGCGAGGUCCUCGAGACGGUCAGCGGCAGCAAUGCCGUCAAGGUGCGCAACGCCAUUGAGACGCACGCUGGAAAGAGCACUGAGCCGAUGGGAGCCAACGGCACGGCCGCACCUGACGCUGCCGCCGCCGAGCAGCCCGAGGCCGACCCUGAGACGAAGAAGGCGGACCUGUUCAAGCGGUUGGAAGAUCUUGUCAAGGCUGCCCCCGUCAUGCUAUUCAUGAAGGGCACGCCUAGCUCUCCCCAGUGCGGCUUCUCGCGGCAGCUGGUUGGCAUCCUCCGCGAGAACUCGGUCAAGUACGGUUUCUUCAACAUUCUGGCGGAUGACGAGGUUCGCCAGGGCCUCAAGGAAUACGCCGAGUGGCCGACCUACCCUCAAUUGUGGAUGGACGGUGAGCUUGUUGGGGGCUUGGAUAUUGUCAAGGAGGAGAUGGAGAGCAACGGAGAGUUCUUCAAGGCAUACACGGCGGCAGCGGCGGAUGUUGCGGCAGCAUGA